CUUAGACGGACGUUGUCUAGCAUGUCUGCCAACCCCUCCUCCGCUUUGACUCGUCAAGCAUCGAAUGUCGUUACUGAUGCCGACAUUCUUAACCAGCAGGCUACUCAGAUCCUCAGGGACGCGCACGUUCGUGCACUCUCUACCAGCAAGGCAGACCCACCAUCCACCGGGUUCGGCAAGAGCAUCUCAUCUGUAAUGUCAGGACUUUCUCUCUACACAAAGGAUAAGGAGAAAGAAAGGGAAAGAGAUAAUUUGAACGCAGAAUCGGAGAAGGAAGAAGAGCGUCAGGCACGGGGUCGUAGCUCCUCUCCUUUUCAGCGGAAAGGUAGAAGGCGCCGCUCUAUUAGCGCUGAACCGCCUGCACCGUUGAAACUGUCGCAAUCCGAAGUGGAAGCUGAAGACGAAGGCAUCAGGUCCACUCCCAUAAACGCUGUUCGUCCUCGCAACAUGGCUUACUCUUAUGGGUCAGACGAGGAAGAUGACUCGGGGUCGGGCUCGGAAGAAGAGUGGGAUAGCGACGAUGGCUUCGAUGCUGAAACCUCUCACAAUACCGAGCUCAAUGCCGCUGUCGCUUCUCCUAUUGGACCGGAUGAAGAUUCCAUGCUGGAACUUCCGGAUCCACUUGGUGAAGGUGUCAAUGUUGUCAUGGCACCAGAGUUAUUCCCUGGACAAAGGACUGGCAUCAACUCACCCCGUCGUCGAAAAGCUAGCAUGCGAGAUCCCUUGCCCUUGGUGACAAGUCGACCUAUGUUCGCAAAGGAUCGAUGCACGGUUGUGCUUACGCAUGGAGAUCCCGACGCAUACCUUGCAAAAGGGGAGCGUGUCCCGAGAAAGUACAUGGUUGCCAGUGACUUAAGUGAAGAAAGCAAAUAUGCCGUAGAAUGGGGUAUUGGAACUGUUCUGAGGGAUGGAGACGAGAUGAUUCUUGUGAACGUAACUGAAUCCGAAACGAAGGUCGAUGCUGAUGCUACAGAUCGUGUUGCGAAGCUGCGGAAUCAGCAGGAGAGAUCCACCCUAGCAUACUUGCUUGUCCGACAAGCGACUUCCUUGUUACAACGAACAAGGUUACAUGUUACAGUAUCAUGCCAGGCAUGGCACGCUCGGAACAGCCGUCACAUGUUACUCGACCUCAUUGAUUUUUACGAACCUACCAUGGUAAUUGUUGGCUCGCGUGGUUUGGGUCAGCUGAAGGGGAUUCUUCUCGGUUCCACGUCUCAUUACCUCAUUCAGAAGUCAAGUGUGCCUGUGAUGGUGGCCCGCCGGAGAAUGAAACGGCCGGCCAAGCGCACUGCUCAUUUGUUGCAGAGAGCGCGUGUCCCAUUAUCGCAGGCGGCUAUCGACAAAGAGGGUCCUGGUAAGCUGAGCACAGAGGUUGAGAGGAUGCGCGAGGAAGUCGAGUUGCAGGAACGAGAGGAAGUUGCAGCUCGUGAACGCGUAGGAGUGAAAAUAGCUGGAGAAUAGGGGGGAUCUUCAAAGAUUCAUAAUAAGAAAUCU